AUGACGACGGCUCCUGCUGAGUACCCUAUUGAGGAGAAAAGACCUGACGAUGCACCCGUAACAUCAGACGAGGCCCCUGCAUUCUGCUCACUGGAGAAUCUGAAGGUUGCACAGGUGCAGGCGGUUGGAGGGACGCUAUGUGGUUUAUCAAUCGGUUUUGUGGCUGUGUACGCCCACUUGUUCCUGACCUCGACAGACUGCUCACUGUACAAGACGACUACUGCGUGCGACCAUGUGGCGAACGCGGAUUGUGCAUGGAACACUGUCAGUAAUGUGUGUGGGUGGAAGGACUUCACGUGCGAGUUGGUAUACAAUACCGAGAGUGCGUGCCUCGCAGACGACAGGUGCAACUGGGUGUACAGUGAUAAGUAUUGUAAGAACCCGAUUGGAUACAGCGCCACCUAUAACGGUAUCUUUGCUGGUGCCUUGGUUCUAGGCGCCACGAUUGGUUCAGUGGUUGCCGGAAGAUUUGUUGCACGGUUCGGGCACAAGGUGUCAUUUAUUGUGUGUGGCAUCGUUGGCGUCGUGUCCUCGGUGAUGUACCACGCGUCUGCUGCGACAAAUCAGUUCUGGGUGCUGUGCGUUGGUCGAUUGCUGAUUGGUAUCGUUAUGGGCGUUGUAACUGUCACCUGCACCGUGUACGUUGACCAGAACGCACACCCGAAGAACUCCAAAGUGGUUGGUGUGCUGUUCCAGGUGUUCACUACAUUCGGCAUCGCGUUUGCUGCUUUGAUGGGGUUGGCCCUCGGGCAAAGCGUUAAUUUCAACAAGAACACAAUGAUGGUUGCCCGAAUGGAGGGAUUUUGCGCCUUUACAACACUAAUAUCUGUGAUAAUGAUUUUCCUUGGUAUUUUCUUGGGCGAGAGCAAGACCAGGUUCAUUGGUGGCACUGGAGCCGGUGAAGAUGCGCUUGACCUGGAUGAGUACGGCUAUGUAAAAAUGAUUGUACCACUGUUAAUGGGUGCGUCAUUGGGUGGUACGUCGCAGUUGACUGGUAUCAAUGCAGUGAUGAAUUAUGCGCCGACGAUCAUGAGCAGGCUGGGGAUGGAACCUCUUGUGGGUAGCUUUGUGGUGAUGCUGUGGAACUUCGUGACGACUCUGGUCUCGAUACCGCUUGCCUCGUGCUUCACGAUGCGUCAGUUGUUUAUCUCGUGUUCGCUUGUGGCAUCCCUUGCAUGUUUGUUUCUGUGCGGUGUCCCUGUGUAUCCUGGCGUUGCCAGCGAAAACGUGAAGAACGGUGUUGCGAUCACUGGGAUUGCUGUGUUCAUUGCUGCGUUUGAGUUUGGCAUUGGCCCGUGCUUCUUCGUACUGGCUCAGGAUCUGUUCCCGCGCUCGUUCCGUCCGAAGGGUUCCUCCUUUGUGAUGAUGAUGCAGUUCAUUUUCAACAUUAUCAUCAACGUGUGCUACCCGAUUGCGACGGAAAGGAUUUCUGGCGGUCCGUCUGGUAACCAGGACAAGGGUCAAGCAAUUGCCUUCAUUUUCUUUGGUUGCAUUGGUAUGAUUUGCUUCGUCCUGCAGGUGUUCUUCCUCUACCCCUGGGAGGAAAGAGAGGCAAAAGCACGUGCUCAACAUCCUGCUGAGGAUCUUCCAGAAGAGAUUGAGGAAGACUCACCAAUUGAGGUUGCCACUCCUCAGAACCGACGGGCAGCAUGA